UUCAAAUCGCUGUUGAAACAAAAUGAUGAAACAACAUCAUAUUUCAAAAUUUACGUGGGCAGAUUGGAGGCAGGAAGUUUUGGCUACAAUGGAAUAAAUAUUUUGUUCUGUUUAGGAAACGUAAAUUAUUAUACAUGGCUGAUUAUUCGAGUUUCAUCGUUAUUUGGCUUGCUGUGUUUUGGUCUACGGAUGGCCCGUUCGCAGAUUCAAAGGGCAAUAAUAAGAGAACGAACAUCAAAACAAGGUUUAGAAGGAAUAAUGAAGAGUGCCAACGUGACUACAAUAAAAAUGGGUAUGCAGUGUUGAAUAAAAGUGAAAUGGAUGUAAAAUUUCUCAUCAACAAUCAUAAGCAUUUUGCAAGGCUAAAAUGGAAUCCCCCAACAGUUAAGAAAAAUGUACCUGUCACUGCAUUCGUGGUUUGUUGGAAAGGACAACAAAUAAAUCAUAAAUGUAAAUGUGUUAGUAAUAAGACGUUAGAGCUUGAUAUUUGGCCGUCUGAGUCGAACUGGAAAUACGACAAUAUCUUGAAUGUCUGUGUUAGUACAAGAAUAAAACAUUUCAUAAAUAAUUUCUUCACUUACGUCACUUAAAUCAUUAAAAACAUUUCUUAAAGAGAGUUAAACUGGGAGGAAUAUAUGUGGAACUGGG